AUGUUGAAAUUAACUGGUGAAGAUAUCAAGAUCGAAGAACUGCAGAAGACGAAGCUAAGUACGCCAACUGCUUUUCAGAUUGCUUACGAAAAUCGGUGUUUUGGUAUUGUACUAAUACAUUGUACUUCUACAACUGCCGGAGUAAUGGAGUAUAUUAAGGACAAAAUGAUGAACAGAAAGCUCAGCUCCGUCGGUCUCAGUCAAAGGGUAUACGAUUAUUUGAUCUUCCACAAAUUUGGCAGUGGGCAAGACGAAAAUGACAAGAAAGUCGAGAGUUUCAUCGAUCGCUUGAAGGAACACAUGAACCCUUAUAAUCUCAGUCUUUAUAUGGAAAGUUUCAUGCGCAGAACGGAUCUGUCUGUUGUCCUGGCUGGUCAAAUUAAAGUGGACGCACUUCUUGUCGUCGGUUCCAAAGCGUCGCAUAUCCACACCGUUUACACAAUGCACCAGGCAAUGAGUAAGCGAAAUACAACGCUGUUGGUCGUCGAUGGCAUCGGUGACGUUCUGACGGAAGCUCCAAAGAAGCUUGCAAGGGCUUUUAUUCUAUUCUGCAAGGGUUGCGGCGUCUUAAGCGGAGUGAGUAUUCCCGGAAUGGAACUACAGCGUACUUUGUCAAGCAGCAUGGAAGACGCCGACAAACCGCGAAAGAUGUCCCUGACAAAGCCGUUGUCUCAAGGGGCGUAA